AAAUAACGGUACAAGUGCUUUGUGGGUUCUUGUUAAGAUUGAUGACAUUUAUCAUCCAACUACACGAACUUUCACUUAAUUAUUUACUGCUACUUCUUCGAAAUGAAGGAUAAUGCAAACUUAAUUCGAUUUUUAGUAGCAGUUAGUGUUAUUAUUUGUGUUACACAAUGUACGAAUGCUUUGAAAGUUACAGUUUACUACGAAUCAUUAUGCCCUGAUAGUGUUCGAUUCAUUGGACGCCAAUUAUACCCGUACUGGAAUGAUCUUGUCGAUUACAUCGACGAAAUGGAAUUAGUACCUUAUGGAAAAGCAACACAUAUUUUCUAUCAACAUAACGCUACAUUUAACUUACCUGCUUAUUACGAGUUUUCUUGUCAACACGGACAAGAAGAAUGUAAAGGAAAUAAAUACCAAGCAUGCGCAUUGGCGCAAAAUAAAGGAAAGUACGUAGAAGUACCUCUGGUAUUUUGUAUCAUGAGAAAUAGAAAUCCUUCUUCGUUUAACGUCGUUAAAAACUGCGCCGAACGGUAUCGAUUGGAUAUAUCGAAAUUAAAAACUUGUUGUGAUAGUAUAGAGGGAGAUCAACUUUUAGCUAUUAAAGGAGACAAAACGUGGGAAUUGGAACCGAAUAUUAAUUUCGUUCCCACUAUAGUUUUUAAUGAAAAAUUCGAUCGGACGACUCAGAGUCAGUCGUUGCAAGAUUUUGUAGCCGUUGUUUGCAGUAAAAUACAAAAUAAAACAAAACCUACCAUAUGCGAUGGGAAACAGUUACCCCUAAUAGAUUAUUAAUAAUAAUAAGAAUAAAAUUGUGAUUUGUGAUUUUAUAAAUUUUUGAAUAUAUUUUUUUCUUUAUAUUA